AUGUUAGAGCAUUUGGUGGCAUGGGUGUUGAACAAUUAUGUUGGGGAAUAUCUCGAAAAUCUGAAUACCGUUCAGCUGAGUAUCGCUCUUCUUCAAGGGCAGGUUGAAUUGGAAAAUAUUCCGCUAAAAAAAACAGCACUUCGAAAACUUGAUGUUCCGCUUCAGGUCAAAGCUGGCGUUUUAGGCAAACUGACAUUAUCGGUGCCUUUAGCGCAUAUUAGAAGUGAGCCUUGGGUUAUAAAAAUGAGCGAUUUAUUAGUACUGGUUGGGCCAAUAAAAAAUGCAAAGUACGAUGUUGAAUUAGUUGAAGUGUACGAGCAGUCCAAAAGAGAGCAACAAUUGGAAGAUUUGGAGAAAUUUCACAAAAAGCAGUUACUUUUGAACGCUGGUUUGUCAACAGAUGACGAUAGGGCUCAACAAAGUUGGUGGGGCGCUUCAUUGGUUUCUGCAGUCGUCAACAACAUUCAAGUUCAUCGUUUCUUAUUUAAGCGCUUCCAGUUGAUUAUGACCAAUGUGCACAUUCGGUAUGAAGAUGGAACCACAUUUGGUGAUACACCGUUAUGCUGCGGACUCCGUAUACACAAAGUCAGCGUUCAGACAACAGACUCGAAUUGGAAGUCGGUUUAUAUGCAACCACAAGAGGGCACAAAUGUUUUCAAAAAGCUUGAAAUUGUUGGCCUUUCGGUAUAUUGGAAUCCUGGCCAGAAAUUAUCGCCUGAGAAUAUUUCACAUGAAGAUUUGCUGUUAUUGAUGGCUCCAGAAGUGAACGCGGACACCACCUAUAUAUUACAACCGUUUUGUGCGUCGAUGUGUAUGGAGAAGAAUACGAGUAAAUUUCCAUUAAAAUGGCAACAUCCAGCUGUACCCAGAUUUAAGUUUGAUAUUCAAAGUGAGCAAGUAGCAAUCGAAUUGUCGAAACGGCAAAUGGCUGAGAUACGUUUGUUGAGUCGUGAAUGGGCCAGGUACGAUCGUGCCAGACAGCACAGGAAGUGGAGACCGUUGGUGAGUGUUGGGGGGAAUGCGGGCGAAUGGUGGCGUUUCGCUUAUAAUCGGGUUCGAGAUGAGACCGAGCAACAGAAAACAAGACAUACGUGGAACUUCGCUUUGAUGCGUGCUCGACAUCUGAAUGCUUAUUGUCGUGCCUACAGAAGAAAGUUACUAGCGCAUGUUGAAACAGCGAAAUCCAAGGCUGUGAGAGCCAGUCGUUCUCCAUCAGCCACAACGCCAACCACCGCAAUGUCAAAGUCAAGUUCUGAACACGUCUCUACUUCAUCACUGUCCUCUUCUCAGCAAACAACUGCUUCGUUGCUAUCACCAACUUCCGAAGAUGUUAUUCUCAUGAAACAAAUCGAACGAGAUGCUGAUUAUACCUAUCAUGAGUUGCAGUUGUUCCGUGAAACUGUGUUUCGACGUAUUUGGGAUGAACGUGAAACCGAGAGAACUGCCACAACAAACGAAAGUGGAAUACAGUCUGAUGAUGAAACACUCGACAAUGUUGAAUCAUUGAUGCAGCUAAAUACGUCAGAGGACGAUUUGCGGACUGCCAAAGCAAAGAAUUCUGAAGAAUUGAGGCAAAAUUCAGUUGAAGAACAGCAGUCUGAAGGUUCGUAUGGAUGGCUCAGCAGUUGGUUCUCUGCUUCACAACCACAAGUUAUUCAAAGAAGCGGUGACAAUGAUUCAACGAAAGCUGAUGCCACCGACUCUGGUUCAUCUGACAGCGUUUUGGGAACUCGUUUGAAACAGGUUGAAAAACAGUUAGAAGACGAAAUAAUGGAUGUUCUUAGCGAAAGUUGGGAUGAUUCAACAGUAUUGCGUCGAGAUGUGCUCUUAGCAGCUACAUCUCUGCAACUUGAAAAUAUGACUGUUCGAUUUGUUGAAAAUGUUGAUGAUGGUUCGUGUGUGGAUGGAGGCACCAAAGUGCUAUCACUGGAUCUUCGUCAAGUGGUCAGCAAGAUGCAUCUGAGCCCUCGUCAACACAGUACGGCCAUAUCUUUAUCAGUCGGCGAUCUCAGUGUUCAGAGGCUCUAUACCGCUUCAGAUUCUGAGCAGUUUGUUGAUGUGCCUUCAGAACCAUCGACUGAAACCGAAUAUGAAUCGUUGAUGUUUGGUUUCGGUGGUGGUGCGUUCAAGGACAAUACUCAGAUCCUUUUUGCUAUUGGAAAGACGAAGGCAAGUAACGAUGGAUCGACGGCGAAUGCUGCGUCAGAAAGUGACACAAGCAACAACAUCAUUCGAAAACCACUUUUCCAGAUGCGAUAUAGACGUCACGCACCUAAAUUGGUCGUUAAACACACUCUUGAGGCGAACUUCAGUGCUUUAUCGUUAAUGUAUGAGGCGGGUGCAUUUGAUGGUCUGUCAAAUUUCUUCAAUACGGAUACUGUAAUUUUUGACCAAAAGAACGGUGAGUUUAAUGUGCCCGAAGUGGUAGUCAUUCCACGUAUUUUCGUCAAGAUUCGUGUUCCCGAGGUUCAUAUUGAGAUGCGAAAACGAAAUAGUUUGAUGAAUGAGGGAAACAAAUCACCCUUUGCAUUCGGUAUCGUUAAGCAGUUAACAUUGGGUAUUACAAGUACAGAGUUAUAUUUGACCAAAGUAUAUUUAUCAAUGGGUUCAUUCGAGGUCAAAGAUUUGUUCGAAUCAAAUGGGGAUUCACUGUUGAAGAUGCAUGAUCCAACUAAUGUUCUGCAUGGCAUGAAGUCGCUGUCAUCCUCUUGUCCGUCUCUGACUGAUGCCACUCAGGACUCCACUGAUUUUGAACUUACUCGAACAAUUAGUAAGCAGUUGCUUUGCAGUUUAUCAUUUUAUGCUCGUUUCAUAACGAGUUCUCGUUUAGGAAGUAAACCAGGGCGAUCGAAAGCUAACGUGGACGAGACGAGUGAGGGCACUGGAAGUCGUAAGUCAAGUCGAAUCAAGCGACAUAGGAAACGAACGCAUCCGAGUGAAACAUUCGCAUGUGCAGAUGAAAUGAACAGUGUGAUGAUCGACUUCACAGUUGUCAACAACAAACACCCGCUCUUCGAAAGUCUUUAUCAAAAGACGAAACUAUCAUUUGAUGGCGGUUCGAAGAUGAAUUGUACAGUGGACGCUCGUUUUGCGGAUGUUAUUGUGGGUAUGAACCGUCGUAGUUGGACGAUGCUGUUCGAUUUUUUUGGUUUUCUUGGACGACUACCGAAUGAAAAUGAUUAUUCAUUAGCACUAUCAAAAAAGCUCUCUUCUACAUCAAUCGUUCACAAUGAAACGUUAACAGAAACAAAUACAUCAAAACGUAACGCUACAUCCGAUGAUUUUUACGCUUUGAAAUUGUGUUUGUACGCGUCAGUCUUACGUAUUCACAUGAAUUAUACAGCCAACAAAACACGUCUUGGAGUUUUACAAGCUGUUGAGCCGACCGUCGCAGUUGAAAUGAGAAUUGGAUGUGAAGAUGAACCAUUACGUGCGACGAUUUCAUUCAGUUCGGUAUUGUUAUCCGAUACGACACCAUUCUAUUCGUCUUUAUAUGGUGAACGUUUAGUUGUACAAUCGAAUAAUGAUUUUGAAGAUGAUAGAAGUAGUCAAAAAUGUAAAUCUUCUACAACUGAUUUGCAUGAUCAACCAAAGGUCACUGUCGAUAUUAUCAAGUACUAUCCAUCAGAUCCUCAACUGAAAAGAGAUUAUGAUAUGCGGUUUCGAGUGUCUGUACCGAAAAAAAUGAAUGUUGCAUAUGUGCACACACAUCGUUACAUGUGUGCUCUGUUGGAUUUUUGGCUUCAGUUUUUUGAACUGCAAGAUCAAGUUAUUAAAAGUCGUAAACCUCCUAAUGAUCUGCAAGCAGAUGGGCACGGGUCACGUGUUCAGAUGGAUGUCGAUGUUGAGUGUUCGUCUACAAUAAUACUCCCUUUAAGCCAGUUAUGUGAUCAAGCGAUUGUCUGUGAAACUGAAUCAUUUCACGUCAAUAAUCAAUUCAAAUUCGCUGACUCAAUAGUACUUUUCACUGAAUAUUCCAUUGAAACACAAUGCGGAAUUGAUUCUCAAAAAGUUGGUGAACACUUAUUUAAUACUUUCCAUUUUGUGCGUUCAAAGAAAAAUGUUGUGUCAAGUUUAUAUGAUUUAACCGUUCACGUGUUUCGCAAUUUGGAUGGCGUUUUCUCUCAUCGAGUGCCCGAUCUGUCGAUUAUAACAGAGCUAUCGAAUAUCGAGUUGAAAUUCACGAGCGAUUUCUAUCGUUUGUUGCGUGGAUUUCUAGAGAAAAAUCUAGGCGAUGCAUUGGUACCUGUACCAGAAAAUAUACCGAUUGAAAUUUUGCAGAAACCAAUCAUUAGUUGUGAAGUUGGAUCAAGUAACAAAUAUGCUACGUUCUCGUUAAGGAUAAACUUUCGUGACGUUCAGUUGAACUGUUUGGUGCCAUCGACUGAACUGAAAAAAAAAUUCGAGGGUUUUGCAACGAUGAAACUGAUUAGGUCGCGUAUAUCGUUCGAUUGUUUCGUCGAUAAUCAGUCUGAAUUGGAUUUAAUUUGUGAAAAUAUCGAGCUGUUGGACUCACGAUCUGAUGAUGUUGAACGGAACGAGAAUGUCUUCAAGACAAUCCUUUGUUCUCGAGCAACGAACACAGCCAACAGUGCACAGCUUAUGGCCGAAGCUCAUCUCAUGAUCAAAAAGGACGAAGCACCUGUAGUGACGUUGGUCUUAUUGAAUGCUCGUGUUCUUCUGAUCGUUGAUUGGCUUAAUGAUGCGAAAAAUUUCAUUUUAUUGAAUGCUGCUGAUACUGGAUCAUCUGAGUCAUUGCGACAACCGUUGGGGAUUAGUCUACGAGAAGGACGUUUCGAUUCGAGUGAAAGCAAUGAACAGACUGUUACGUUGAAGAUAACAUUACGCGAGUCUGAUCUUAUUCUGUUAGAAUCACCUCAUUGCAAGGAUAGUUUAGCGCUUGUUGCGCACUGUACGGCCGUUCUCAAUAUGGGUGAUCCACAUGGACUGCUGGUUGCCAAUCUCGAAAUACAGCAAAUUAAUAUUGAUUGGUGCACGAUGUCAUCUGAAGAAGAAAGCAGAUGUCAACUAACGAAUGAUUUUUCUGCAACGCUCGUAUUAUCUGGCGAAUCAGAGAUGCUAGUUACAGAACAGACUCGGACUGUUUUAUCUGAUUCAUCCUCUGCAGCGUUUACAAAACAUCGACUUACGAUUGGUAUCAAUGAUGUUGUGGCUAGAUUUUCCUAUAGAGAUGCGCUUGUUAUUAAAAAUGUGCUGCAAUGCUCAUUGAAGAGACUGAUGAAUUCGAUGCAGCAUAGUGUCAUUCCAAAAAACACUACUGAAUCGGGCCAAAAAGAAGGUGCACAGGUUAAUGUUGUGCGCAUAUUAGUGAAGAGCCAUCAGGCUUCGUUUUGGUUUGUGGAUGACUUCCAGGGAACUGCUUUUCCGCUUGUUCGUUUCAUUAUAAAAAAGCUGUCAGUGGAAAAGCAUCUUGAACAAAUCACAUCAUCGUUUAUAUUUGCGAUUGAUUAUUUCAACGAACGCCUAUUUGGAUGGGAGCCAUUGCUGGAACCAUGGCAUAUACAGCAGUUUCUUAUUUCAUAUCGACAGAACAAAACUGCUGUUGAGUUGCAUGCAGAAGAGCAGAGCACAUUAAAUAUCAACAUAACACAGGCUUUUGUGCAGCAAGCAUUGCACUUCAAAUCACGAUGGUCUGAAAUCAAGCAAUCGUUCGAUUCGAAUUUUAGGAAUGCGUCAAUAUGUUCACGAUCUGAUCACUUGCCGUAUCUGCUAAGAAACGAAACUGGGUCGAAUCUGAAGUUCACGACUGCAGUUGAAGAGGUGCUUGAAGCAAGAGCCAAACAACGCAAAUCAGUUGCGAAAUGGAUCAGCGUUCCUGCUGGCUCAAUGCAUACUUUCGAGUUCCCUACGAAAAAACUCGUGCUCAUGGAAUACUCGGAUGAACCUCGUCAGUUGAUUAUUCGAGUGGAUGGAUGGGAUGAAACAUCACCGGUUAAUGUUGAGUCUGUCGGUACGUAUUUUCGUGUGGCACGAUAUUGUUCGACUAAGACUGCCACUCCUUCUGACUCCUCGGUGAUUGCACUCUCAAACGCUCGUUUGGUUGUGGAUGUAAGUGUUGAUAAAGAUGGACGUAAAGUUGUUGUUGUACGUUCAGCAGUUACCAUUGUUAAUCGUCUACCAGAUGCAGUUCUUGUUAUUCUUGAUAACAGAAAAGUUGAAUAUCAUUCAUCAGGUACUGCAAUGUUUCGCAUUGAACCGGGACAUGCUUUCUUGGUACCGCUAGAAUUUGCAAAUGCGCAAAUCUGUGUAAAACCAGAAGGAAUGGUCGACGUCCGUGCUCAAUUGAUUGAUUGGCACAAAGUGAAGAAUGCUGGUGAAGUGGUCAACGAUGCGAUAUGCUUUGGGACAGCAUUAAAACAGUCCUUAUAUUGGAUAUGCACUUCGGUGAAACGAGAACACUAUCCCGAAUAUGAAACGCUGCCUGGUCAUACGAUUGUUUUUAUGCCUCCAUUAACUCUUCUCAAUUUGUUACCAACCGAUGCAGAAUUCAUUCUCUCUGGAAUCACAUACGCAGUUGGUGCAGGACAACAGCUUCAUAUCACUAAAGUUUGUUUGAUUCUUUGCGAGUGGGAAGAAGCAAUCCUCAAUCAGAAAGCAUCCGUAUCAGAGUCGCAUAGACUGAAAAUCCGAAUGCGUGAUACAUGUGGGCGUUUAUUGGAUAUGUAUUUAAGUGUGAGCGUUGGACGUGGCGGUGCUGUUUCGUUGUCCUUCUGGGUACCCUACUGGUUCGUCAACAGUUCUGGGAUUCCGCUGAUUAUAAAACAAGAGGCAGCUGAAUUCAUCGCUGCUGGACAAUUCGAAGAGCACGAACGUGCCAAAGAUCGUCAUCCGUUGAUGUUUUCAUUUUCAGAUGACAAUUGCCCGAAACAAUGUAUUAUUCGUGCUGGUAACAACUUCACCAAAGACAAGGGAUAUAAACCAGAAUUCAGUCGUAAAUUUGCAUUAACAGUUGGUGUGCACGCGUUGAAGUUGUUCUUGACUCAUGAGCAUGCCUCGACUCGUAUCUACAACGUUGGUGUGGAAGUAAGGCAAGGUACCGGUCGUUACAAAGACACACAAGUGGUUCUGUUGACGCCACGCUACGUACUCAAUAAUGAAACCUCGUAUGGCUUAUCACUUAGCCAUGUUGAUCGUGUUAAUCAGUCGAGCGAACACGUAAAAAUGAUGAGCGGAGAUAGCAUAAUAUGGCAUGAAAAUUUUGAAGAUAACCGAAUGUUGUGUGUAAAGCGUGAUGAUGUGAAGCACUGGAGUUGCGCGUUCAAAAUCGAUAAAAUAAGCUCCUUUCAUAUCACAAUGCGUGAUGCUGAUGAAACACCUCAAUUCGUUCGUGUUGAGAUCAUACUGAACGGUGCGGUAUUCUGUGUAACAUUCACCGAUGCACGCUAUUUCCCGCCGCCGAUUCAACUCGAAAAUGUUACAGAUGUUCCAGUGCUGUAUUAUCAAAAAAAUGAUAGGCCAGGUAAAAACUACUUAAGAACUAUAUGUAAGGCACACAGCACCGUGGAUUAUGCAUGGGAUGAUCUGUAUGGAUGUAAAAUGCUGAUAUUGCAAGUGUACGAGAACAAAUGUAAUUGCUACGAUCCUCAAAAGCCUGGCCUAGGUCCAUCACUUAUCUACGAGAAUAAUGUUUAUAUAAAAUUGGCACACUCAUUCAAUAAGUAUGUUUCUCACUUGCAUUUGAAAGGUAAAGUAGUGCUGAAUAAGUUGAAUGUUAGUGAUAGCAGUCGUAAUCAGUUAUGGCGUUUUACGGAUGACGGUUGUUUGGAGAACAUCGGUAUGAAUAUCCGAGCGAAAGCAGGCGAACGUUACGUACUGGAUGUACUCGACAAAGGUGGUUUCAUGUUGAUGAUGCUCAAACGGAAUACUGCUCGUGACCUCUAUCAAAAGUGGGAUGGAAUGUUCGUAGAAGGCCGUCGAUCAGAAGUGCUUCUAGCGAUGCCUAACGCUCAUUCUUCGCUCAACGAAAAUGGCGUUCCAAGUGAACAAAUUUGGGAAUUACAAACGCAACGUCCGGGAAGUGGUGUUUUGAAUGUGGAAUGUCUUCAUAGAGGACCAACAUUGGUCAUACGAAUAACCGAUCAGGCGAGUUGCUCUUCACAGUCAGUGAAUUAUGCUGCUGUUGAAUGCUAUUCGUCUACAUCUAGCCGACGACAGCGUGAUCAAAAGAGCACUUCAAAUGAUUUUGAGAUGGAUAUUUCAAUACGAAAUGGAAUCGGAAUUUCAUUGAUAAACAGCCAUCGUGAAGAGUUAAUCUAUGCUCGAUUUCACGGUGUUCUUCUGCACGCGAAUCGUCGCGAACGCACCUAUCAGAUAACCAGUACUGUCGAAUUGAUUCAAAUCGACAACCAACUGCUAUCAACCGAGCAUUGGCAAGUUUUAUAUUGCCAACAGAAUGCGUUAACUGGUGAUCCGGAUCCGGAAGAUCGUAUGAUAAUGAGACCAGCUUUGAAACUCGAAAUGAACUGCACACCAUUCGAACAUUAUGACGCUUUUGACUGCUUCCGAAUAAAAAUGUGUGAUAUGUCUGUGCAGUUGGAUGAAUUACUCAUGUGGAAAAUGAUUCAAUUUAUCCAGGAAUCAGAAGCAGCUGAUAGCGUUCAGCCGAAUGCUCUUCUUCAACCACCUAAUCUGUCACUCACGUUAACCGUUCCAACGAAAGCACGUCGUUGUUACUUUGGAACGCUCGACCUCGAAAUGGGAACUGUCGCUCUAUCUGGUAUUGUUUGUAAUAACCCAAUUUUUUAUGCAACGCUAGAAGUUUUAGUGGUAACAGUACCAAAAAGUGGACUGCCACCAGAAUUACGCAAACUACGACGGCAGUUCAACAUCAACCGGGGAGGGAGGAAGGAGGCGUCGGAAACAAAGUGGCCGGAUGGCGACAAAAAGUCGAGGAGAGCGUUGGCCAGGCGGAGCUCUAGACAAAAAAGUCGGGAAGCGAACUGCCCGGGGUUGGAGGAAUUCCUCGGGGGGGGAGAGAUAGAGCAGAAAGUCGAUGAGCGAAAUAGUCGGGGACCCCUCUUUGCAGCUGAACUGAAAAAUCAAACACUGAAUAUAAUCGUGACGAUGGAUGCAUUUGGUAACCCUAUGGGACUGGCGUCAGAUCUGAAAGAAAGUUUCGAAGGACUCUUUUUUGAGGGUGACCUCGGAGGUUUCGUUAGUGGACUUGGUUAUGGUGUUACAAAUAGCAUUUCAAAGGUAGCGUCAUCGAUGGCACAUGGCGUCGGCACAUUUACUUUUGAUGAGCAGCAUGAAUUAAUGCGGCGCAGAAUGUUAAGAUGUCAGCCGCAGACCGACAGCAAUAGUAACAAUGCACUUGCUCAUUUGUACAGUGGUGUGAAGGAAGCUUUUAAGGGACUUGGAGUAGGUGUUUUUGGUGGUCUUACGGCAAUUGUCACGAAUACUUAUACAGAAAGUAAACGCGAUGGUAUAACUGGUGCUCUUCGAGGUUUCACAACUGGUGCCGUGGAUACUGUCACGAAACCUGUACAAGGUAUAUUCGAUUUAGUUGAGGGCACUGCAUCGGCUGUCAAAGAAAUCGUUGGUGGUUCGGCGGCACGAAAAUCACAUUUUGCUGAUAAGAGAAUUCGUUUAUCACGAGUCUGCACUAAUUUGCAAUCACUUCUACCAUGUUAUUCAUCCGAACUGGCUGUCGCACAAAUGGAUUUAGUGCGUAUUAAUGGUUUUUCUACUGGUGAAGUUUUAUUAGAUGUUGAAGUGGUAUCGGAUCGCUAUACAAGUGAAGGCCAUAUCCGACAAUAUGUGUUGAUAUGCUCUGAACAGUGCUAUGUAAUCAAACAAAAAGAUGAUGAGCCUAGCAAUGUGGUUCAACGAAUACCGUAUAAGCAUCUUAAAAUCAUGCAACCGGUCGCCGUCAGUGAACAUAACGCCACUUUUGCAUCAAUUGGUUUGAAAAUUUCUGCAUUCAAUGAGAUAAUUCUUGAAAUGUCAAAUAGUGUUCGACAUCGAUUACCGCAUUUAUGGUGUAAUCACAUCGAUAUAGCGAAACGUCUAUGUGAAAAAGUGGCUCGUGCGAAACAGCUUUAUGAUCACAGUAAAAGAACGCUUUCAGUUGUUGAAGACUACGAUGUUGUUUAG